AUGGAUUUGAGGCCGCUUUAUGAAAAAGAAGAAAAAUCCUAUGUUUUUCCGCCAGGAUGUCGCAAACAUUACCAUAAUGUUUUCGCAUUGGUCGUUGAGAAAAAAGGCGACAGUGAUCGUUCAUGUAUGAAGCAAAAUGAAAUAUUCUGCUAUUCUCCGGAAUUCCGGCGCGAUAGUGGAUUUCUGGUGAUGCCGAAACAUUUAUGGGAUGAUUUCAAUCCCGGUGAUUGGAUUUCCUGCGAGAGAAUAUACGUUGAUCGGCACGAAUCCGAUGAUCGACGGUAUCAGGAAAGAGAGUUGAAAUAUGUUUCCUAUGUUCCAACUCAUCUCCACAAAAAACUUAAUCUUCCAAUAACCGUUGUAAAAAUGAACCAAGUUUAUAUCAAAUGCGAUUUUAUCUUAUGCCCAACUUUUUUCAAAUAUCGCAAAUCUCGAAAUACACAAGGCGCUUUUGAAAAAGCAAUAAUGCUUAAUAUGGGUACAGCAUGUAUUUUCACAAAUGAUGGUAAAGCCAGCAAGCUGAAACCGGGAAUGGUCUAUAAAGGCAUUUUUGAAUUUCGUAGCAAAGAGGAUGGAGCUGUGAAUUUUGCGUCAGGACGACAUGAAAAUACUCUUGACGCUGAUGGUCAUUGUAUCGAUCGGGACACGCUAUGGUUUCUCAAUGGGAUUCUGGAUGACGAGCCAAUUCCAUUGGAGAAUCACAAAGAGAUGCAUAUAUAUAUUUCUUAUAUGAAAAUUUGGAGCAAAGUGUUUCAUAACGUUUAUGGCGAUGGUCUUUUGCCAAAUAGAAGCAAAUCGAUGGUUCCACUGACGAGAAAGAUGUCUCCCAAAUACGAUAAACCAACCGGUUUUCGGCAAGAACCACUUUAUGCACGACCAACAUCUUUAUCUGAAAGUACGUUUAUCGAUAAUAGUGAGCAAACUAUUCGCAAUGAGAAUAGAAAACCGAACGAAGAUUCUUCAGCAAUAAGGGUCUUUAGUGACAGUAUGUACAGCCAUGCGAUGCCUGAGCAAGUCCAAUGUAACAAUGCUAUUGAAGAGUCAUUAUCUAAAAAGGUUAAAAAGAAGGUCGAAGUUCAGGUAAUUCAAGGAGUUCUUCUUUCGAUUAUAACAACUAAGAAUAAUGGAAAAAUUGCCGAAAAAAGGUUUUUGGAGAAACUCAUUUUCAUUGUUGAAAUAUCGUUUUUAGCGGCUCCUGAUGCGAAAUCGAGGCAUACGAGAAAAAGGAAAGAAAGUAGUAGUGAUGAAGAGGGUCCCGCCACAAGUCAGCCGAGUGUUUCAAAGAAAGCAAACGAGGAAUCCGAUGAUUCUGAUAUUGAAACCAUCGAAGGGAAACUUGAUGAUGAUAUCAGAGAAAGGGACGCAUUCGCUGCAAGAGUCCGACAAAAGGACAAGGAUAAAACGCGGAAUGUUGUUGAGAAGAAUCGUGAAGAUAAUAAGGAUAAAGCUGGAUUGUCGGUGGAAAAACUUCGUGAAGAAUCCCGAAGGCAGUAUUUGGCAAAGCGAAAAGUUGACAAGCUCGAAGAGCUUAAAGCAAUUGUUCAUGAUGAUGAAACGAUUUUUGCCUCUGAAAAGCUUACGGCUAAAGAGCGACAAGAUAUGGAAUAUCGCAAGAAGGUUCUUGAAUAUGCGACGAAUCAUGAGAAAGCUGCGGAUAUUAUAAAAAUCAAGCGCUAUCACGUGCCGGAUGCCAAGAGUAGAACGAUUCCAACGGAUUAUGUCGAGGAUGAGGACGAAGUUCGUCAUGGCGGCGAUGGAGCCAAGUGGGAGCAGGAGCAGCUUCUCGCUUCCAUGCUUCAUCUAGGAGCCAAAGAUGCGAAAAUGAAGAAGGAGGAGUAUGAUCUGCUGCUCGACGAGCAGAUUGAUUUCAUUCAAGCUUUGCAAAUGCCGGGAACCAAAGACAUUGAGGACAAAAAGGAAAGCGAAAUCGAACGGAAAAUGAUGACGAUCGCCGAGACGAGAAAAAGUCUGCCGGUGUACGCAUUCCGCGACGAUUUCAUUCAAGCGGUUCGGGACCAUCAAGUUCUAAUUAUUGAAGGCGAAACGGGAUCCGGAAAAACCACUCAACUACCGCAAUAUUUGUAUGAAGCGGGAUUUUGCGAGGACGGAAAACGCAUUGGAUGCACACAGCCGCGACGCGUCGCCGCCAUGUCGGUCGCUGCUCGUGUUGCCGAUGAAAUGGAUUGUAAACUGGGAACCAAGGUCGGUUACAGUAUUCGUUUCGAGGAUUGCACCUCGGAGAAAACUGUCCUCAAGUAUAUGACUGACGGAAUGCUGUUACGUGAAUUCCUCAAUGAGCCGGAUUUGGCAAGCUACAGUGUUAUGAUGAUUGAUGAAGCUCAUGAACGCACUCUUCACACUGACAUCCUCUUCGGUCUUGUUAAAGACAUUGCGAGAUUCCGAAAAGAUUUGAAACUCCUCAUUUCAUCAGCAACACUCGACGCGGAGAAAUUCUCGUCGUUCUUCGACGAUGCGCCGAUUUUCCGAAUUCCUGGACGACGGUUUCCCGUUGAUAUUUAUUAUACGCAGGCGCCUGAAGCGGAUUACAUCGACGCUGCGAUUGUCACGGUAAUGCAGAUCCAUUUGACGCAACCACUUCCUGGAGACAUUCUGGUCUUCUUGACAGGUCAGGAAGAGAUUGAAACAAUUCAGGAAGCUUUGAUGGAACGCUCGAAGGCGCUAGGCAGCAAAAUCAAAGAAUUGAUUCCACUGCCCGUCUAUGCGAAUUUACCAUCGGACCUUCAGGCCAAGAUUUUUGAGCCGACACCUCCCAACUCGAGAAAGGUGGUUCUCGCAACGAACAUUGCUGAGACGUCGGUUACGAUUGAUGGCAUCUCGUACGUCAUUGAUCCGGGAUUCUCGAAGCAGAACUCAUUCGAUGCUCGCUCCGGUGUUGAGCACUUGCACGUUGUAACGAUUUCGAAAGCGGCGGCGAAUCAGCGAGCCGGACGCGCUGGAAGAACGGGACCUGGAAAGUGCUUUAGGCUUUACACCGCUUGGGCUUAUAAGCACGAGCUCGAGGAGCAACCGAUUCCUGAGAUUCAACGGACCAACCUCGGAAAUGUUGUGCUGAUGCUGAAAUCGUUGGGUAUACACGAUUUGGUGCAUUUCGACUUCCUCGAUCCUCCACCGCAAGAAACUUUGGUUAUUGCGUUGGAACAAUUGUACGCGCUUGGCGCAUUGAACCAUCGCGGUGAGCUGACGAAACUUGGUAGAAGGAUGGCCGAGUUCCCGUGUGAUCCGUGCAUGAGCAAGAUGAUUCUGGCAUCGGAGAAGUAUGAAUGCUCUGAAGAGAUUGUAACGAUCGCUUCAAUGUUGUCAGUGAAUGCCGCGGUGUUCUACCGUCCGAAGGCGAUGGUUAUCCAUGCCGACGCGGCGAGGAAAGCUUUCUGGAGUCCGUCGGGCGAUCAUGUCACCUUGCUCAAUGUGUACAAUAAAUGGAAAGAGUCGGGAUACUCGCAACAAUGGUGCAUGGAGAACUAUGUGCAGCAUAGGACAUUGAAACGAGCGCGAGAUGUGAGAGAUCAGCUGGUCGGGCUGCUCGAAAGAGUUGAAAUUGAGCCGAAAUCUUCAACGGACACGAUAAAAAUUCGAAAAGCGAUCACCGCCGGGUAUUUCUACAACGUUUCGAAAUUGGACAACACGGGUCAUUACAAAACUGUGAAACACAAGCACACAACUCAUCCGCAUCCGAACUCUUCUCUAUUCGAGGAGACGCCACGAUGGGUGGUUUAUUACGAAUUGGUGUUCACCAGCAAGGAGUUUAUGAGGGAGAUGUCGGAGAUUGAGAGCAGUUGGCUUCUCGAGGUGGCCCCUCAUUAUUACAAAGGCAGGGAGCUCGAGGAUUCGACGAAUAAGAAGAUGCCGAAGCAGGUUGGAAAAUCGGCCAAGGAUUUGCAGCGAUGA